AUGCCAAAGGCGCCUGGCGCCAGCAAACCAGAGAAGUGGGUGCCGCCCGUGGCGCCGGAGAUUGGCAAGCGCAAGAAAAAGCGCGGCCCCGAUGCGGCCACGCGUAUUCCUAAAGUAUACCCGAACCGUGCCUGCCUCCUCCGUAAGUACCGCCUUGAGCGAUGCAAAGACUACCUCCUGCUAGAGGAGGAGUUCCUGCGCACAAUCAACGCCCAGCGCGACGCGCAGUCGAACCUGGAGGAGGGUGCAAUGGGCCACUACGAGGCGGAGCUGAAGCGCGUCGAGGACAUCCGCGGCACCCCACUGGAGGUGGCGACUCUUGAGGAAGCAGUGGACGACUCGCACGCGAUCGUCUCCAUCUCCGGCACUGAGUACUACGUGCCCCUCAUGUCGUUCGUGGACAAGGAGCAGCUGGAGUUAGGCUGCAGCGUACUAUUGCACGACCGCCAGCACAGCAUUGUUGGCGUUCUCAAGGACGACGUCGAUCCGCUGGUGAGUGUCAUGAAAGUAGACAAGGCACCGGAGGACACGUACGCCGACAUUGGUGGCCUAGAGCAGCAGAUUCAAGAGAUCAAGGAGGCGGUCGAGUUUCCACUCUCCCACCCAGAGCUGUAUGACGAGAUCGGCAUCAAACCACCGAAGGGUGUCAUUCUCUACGGUGUACCAGGCACUGGCAAGACGCUGCUGGCCAAGGCCGUCGCGAACCGCACGAGUGCCACGUUCCUGCGUGUGGUGGGGUCGGAGCUGAUUCAGAAGUACUCCGGCGAAGGUCCCAAGCUCGUGCGGGAACUCUUCCGGGUUGCCGAGGAGCACUCGCCAGCGAUCGUUUUCAUUGACGAAAUUGACGCCAUCGGCACGAAGCGCUACGACACGGACAGCAGCGGCACCAAAGAGGUGCAGCGUACGAUGCUAGAGCUGCUCACACAGUUGGACGGCUUCGAUAGCAGCAACGACGUGAAGGUGAUCAUGGCGACGAACCGCAUCGACACACUCGACCCAGCCCUCAUCCGCCCUGGCCGCAUAGAUCGCAAGAUUGAGUUUCCCUUCCCAGACGAGAAAACAAAGCGUCGCAUUUUCGAAAUCCAUACGAGCCGCAUGUCGCUCGCCGACGACGUCGACAUCUCCGAGUUCAUUCACGCCAAGGAUGAGAUGAGCGGCGCAGAUGUGAAGGCAAUCUGCACAGAGGCUGGUCUGCUGGCCCUGCGUGAGCGCCGCAUGAAAGUGUGCCAGGCAGAUUUUAUCAAAGGCAAGGAAAAUGUGCAGUACCGCAAGGACAAGUCAACCUUCUCGCGCUUCUACUUGUAA